AAGAACAACAACAAAGAUGGCGGAGCCGACGGUCCGUGUUUCUGGGAUCGUUUUAUCUUCUCUGAUGUUCCAGCACGGGAACACGGACUCUGACGCGGAGGGUCUGGUCCUGGGGGAGAGUCGGGUUGAAGAGCAGAUCACCAUCAGCGACUCUCAGGCCGACAGGAUCAACAUCCAGGAGAUCUACUACGUACAGAAGCACAUCGCCUGCAACAAACUGAACCAUUUCUACAGCGGGGCAGGAGAGGUGAACUCGGUCGCUGUGCAGAAGCUGCUGGCGGACAAUAAGCAGGACAGCGUGCUGGGCUGGUACCGGCAGCGCAGGAACUCUGAUCAGCAGCUGAGCUUCAGAGAGCGGAUUGUCCACCAGUCCCUGAAGGCAUCGCUGAGAAACCCCCACCUUCUGUUCCUGCUGCUGACCCCCCACAGAGCGAGCAGUGCUGAGAGUACUCACAGGACCGAGUACUGCGCGUACAUCUCACGCAACAGUGUGUUCCAGAGUGUUCCCCUGCUGGUGAACAAUCUGGGUCUUCAGGAGCCUCAGAGCUACUGGAAGCUUCCUGCCGGAAGACCAUCAGAACGCUACAGCGCCACCAUCAGGAGACACAGCUCCAGCUUCUUCUCCUCUGACGGUCUGCUGCGAGACGUCAACGAUGUGAACGCCAUGAACGAUUCUCUGCAGGAGGAGCUGCAGGCAGCGUGCAGAGAGGUGGAGGACAGCGAGCGGCAGCUGGAGACUCUUCAGUCUGAAGUGUCAGCGCUGAGGAAGAGGAGCAGAGAGAGGAGGAAGAAGAGUGAAGCUGCAGGAAGAACAGGCGAGGAAGAGGAGGACCAGAGGAGGAAUCUUCGUCUCCAGGAGGCCGUCGGCGCUCUGUUCAAGCGCUCGCCGCUCUUCCUCACACAAACUCUGACGCUGCAGGGGUUUCCUGUCCCUGAACGCACCUUCAGCGGAGAGGAGGAAGAGGAAGAGGAGGAAGAGGCAGUGUGUGAGGAGGACGAGGAGGAAGAGGCAGUGUGUGAGGAGGAAGAGGCAGUGUGUGAGGAGGAGACUCAGGAGAACACACACUCCCGAAAGAGGAGGAGAGAGAUGGCGGCGAGCAGCGAGAGGAAACGCAGAAAGUGAAUCCUGAAUGAAACGAGCUCAGGUCGGAGGAGGGUCUCCCCCCUCCCCUCCUGAAGUGAUCUGAUGUAUUUUAUAAGUUGUUUCCAUUUGAUAAAGUCGUCUUUUGAUAAAGUC